AUGGAAGAAUGCAAAUCUGAAAGGACGAAAUUGGAUGAACCGACGGGCUAUGACGACCAUUGUAUCUGCGCGUUCGACCGUAAUACUCACGACGCUUGGCCAUGCUUUCUGAAGGACGCCUGGGAGUCGACGGAAUGUGAUACCUGCAAUGAGCAUGCUUUUUGCACGAAGGACAAUAAAACAUGUAAGCAAAAGCACAAAUCACCGUGCUUAUGGCAUCCGUCCUCGGUCUGCGUCGCUUACAAUGGCAAAACGCCACCUAUAGAAAUCUGGACGUACUUGAAGGGUGGAGUGCCAACGGAAGAUCCGAAUUUUUUAGAAGCUAUGGGUUUUCAGGGAAUGACCGAUGAAGUGGCAAUUGUGACGAAAGCCAAAGAGAAUAUCAUGUUUGCUAUGGCCACUUUAUCCAUGGAAGAUCGUGAGAAGCUAUCGACGACAAAGAGAGAACUCGUACAGAAAUGCUCAUUCAAUGGUAAAGCCUGCGAUAUUGAUGCAGAUUUCCUCACCCAUAUCGAUCCAGUGUUCGGGUCUUGCUAUACUUACAACCACAAUCGCACUGUCAAUCUGACGAGUAUCAGAGCAGGUCCCAUGUAUGGAUUGCGUAUGUUAGUGUAUGUGAAUGCGUCGGACUACAUGCCAACCACCGAGGCCACAGGAGUUCGCCUGACUAUCCACGACAAAGAGGAAUUCCCGUUUCCAGACACAUUUGGCUACUCAGCACCAACGGGCUACGUGUCAUCGUUUGGGUUGCGAUUGGUGAGUGCUUAUCUUGUCCAUCAUUGUUAUGGUAAUAGAAUAAAAGGAAAGCAUGAAGCAUGCGGCGUUAGCCAAUACAUUUUCGGGAUGCGCCACGUAGUCUACACUCAUUUAGAAUCAUAG